AUGACCCUGGGACCGUACUGGAAUCUACAGGUGGACCGAUAUGACAAUGUCUACGUGAUAACAAUGAAGAAGGCCCCAGAAAACCGAAUCAACGUCCGGUUCGCUCAAGAAAUAAUAAAAGCCCUUCGGGAUAUCGAAAGAGAACUGGGGCCAGACUCAGAAGGAUGCGUCAUCACAAGAGGGAACGAUGAGAAGUUCUGGUGUACGGGGUUGGAGCUAGAUGAAGCUGAUACAAACCCUUUCGCCAACAGUGAUGGCUUCUAUCCGCUCCUAGCAACCCUCCUCGACUACCCUUUCCCUACCAUCGCCCUCCUAACCGGUCACACCUUCGGUGGCGCCUGCCCAUUCUCCCUCGCCCAUGACUACCGCAUCAUGAACUCCAAGCGCGGCUUCUUCUCCAUGCCGCCCGUCAACCUCGGCCUGCACUUCCCCGGUAUCGGAUCCCUACCACGGCUUAAGCUGCGUCCACAGGUCGCGCGCAAGAUGCUGUUAGAAGCGCAUCGCUGGACGGGGAAGGAAGCGCUCGAAGAUGGUAUUGCCGAUGCAAUUGCAGAGCCGAGCGAGAUGUUGGAUGUAGCACUGGAUAAGGCGAGGGAAGUACAGGGCAGGAGUAGGAUGGGUGUUUAUGCCCUGUUGAGGAAUGAGCUUUGGGGCGAGGCGGCCGAGAAGUUGAGGGCGAUCAGUUAUGUGCAUGGGAGGAGGGUUAGUGCGCCAGCCAAGGCAAAGAUUUAG